CAUCACAGUCAACGUGUGCAGUGUUCGUGGGCGCCGCAAGUACGUAAAGCUGGCGAUUAAUGAAACUCCCGCUGAGCUUCAGCUAGAUACGGGUUCCGAUAUUUCGAUCAUCAACCGGCAAUUGUGGCAGCGUAUCGUAAAACCACCAUUGACUCAACCUGCAGUUCAAGCUAAAACCGCUACAGGAGCAGGAUUGUAGAUAUGUGGAGAGUUUCAGGCCAACAUCAAGAUCGGAAGCUUUACGAAGACGGCUACAAUCCGAGUAGUGACGGUAGACAUAUCGCUACUGGGAGCAGAUUUCAUCGAGCUUUUUAAUCUUGGUUCAAUCCCAAUGGACAGUUUUUGUAACAAGAUUUGUAGUGUAGCAGCUAUACCCAGUAGCAUACAGCAGCAGUUUCCAGCAGUUUUUAGUGGAACGGGGCUAUGCACUAAGGCUCAAGUGCAGCUUCAUUUAAAGCACGACUGUCGACCAGUUUUCAGCCCAAAAAGACCAGUAGCAUACGCGAUGCAAGAAACAGUGGACCAGGAGCUAGAUCGGUUAGAAAAAGCAGGUAUUAUUACACCUACCGACUAUUCAGAAUGGGCAGCUCCAAUAGUGGUAGUUCGCAAAGCAAAUGGCACCAUUCGUAUCUGUGGCGACUAUUCCACUGGACUAAAUUCGGCUCUAAAAUCACACGAACAUCCACUACCAGUACCGGAAGACAUACUCGCAAAAUUAGCCCAUUGCGAAUAUUUCAGCAAAAUCGAUCUUUCGGACGCUUUUCUGCAAGUAGAAAUCGAGGAACAGUAUCGGCCACUACUAACCAUCAACACUCAUCGUGGCUUGUAUUUAUAUAACAGACUGCCGCCUGGAGUGAAAAUAGCGCCCGCAGCAUUUCAACAAAUUAUGGACGCUAUGUUGGCCGGUUUAAAGGGAGCUUGCGGAUACAUGGAUGAUGUGGUAGUUGGAGGCAGAACAAGCAAAGAGCACGACGAUCAUUUGUCCAGACUACUGCAUAGAAUACAAGAUUAUGGGUUCACAAUUCGAGAGGAAAAAUGUGCCUUCAAAAAUAAAAGCAUCGAGUAUUUGGGAUCGUCGACCGUAAUGGAUUAAAACCAAACCCGGCAAAAAUAGCAG